AUGGUUGCCAGCAGCAAUGGCAGCAACAACACGACGUGGCGGUGCGAACCGUGCAAUGUCAAGAACGGAGCAAAGUACAAGUACUGCUGGAAGUGCUGGGGUGCACGCCCGACUGCAGCAGCCGCAGGAUCUUCCAGCGCGGCGGCAGGAGAGACCCUCGGGGACAAGAGCCACGACGAGAAGCUUACAAAGGUGCAGCACUACCGUGCCAAGCUGGUUGAGCUCAGGAAACUCGCCGAGGACCCGUUCCUGGAGGAGUCCCUGCAGCCGCAGGUGGCGCAGCUCGAGGACAAGCUCGCCGCCGAGCAGGCAUCUUUGGAAACGGGAGUACCGCGCUGUUUCACCGAAUGCACAGUGGUGCGAGACAGGAAGUGCCAGCAGAGAAUCGACGCGCUCAAGGAGCAGAGAGACGCGCUCGACGAGAAGCUCGCCGACGAGCAGAGCAAGCUGGACAAGUUCGGCAGCAAGCUCGAGACCCUGGACAAGAAGAUCAAGGAGCUGUCCGUCCCCGCCCCAGGAAAGGGAUGGGCGGCAGCGCUCGCCUUCAUGGAGCAGGCCGAGCGCUGCGUCGACGACGACGAGAGCGAGAAGCGAGAGCAGCUCGUCGCCGCGGUCACCCACGCCAAGGAGCAGAAGGCACUGGAAGAGGAGAAGGCCAAGCAGCACGCGGAGCGCCUCCAGCAGAAGGCCAGGGCGGAGCAGGCUCGCGCCGCCAAGGAGAGGGCAGGCAGCGCUGACAACCGCAAGCGCAGCUGCCCCGAGAGCCCCAUCAUCAAGAAGGACCUCCUCGAGAUCCCCGCAGGCGCCAGCGAGCAAGACAUCUGCAAGGCGCUCGUCGACGUGGGGGUCACGCCAGAUCAGGCAGGCAAGGUUGUGGCUCCUCUUAAGCUGCUGGUGGGCGAGCUGCAGACUGGCCACACCCUCGCCAUCAGCAAAACCCAGUGGGCGCGACUCGCAGUGUACACGGUCAAUGCCAACACGGUGAAGUCGCUAGAGCGAGUGAUGAAGCGGAUCAGGGACAACGACCAGGACGCCAUCGUCCUGGGCCAGGAGCUGCAGGCCAGCGGCACGCAGCUCGACCUGUCCCAGACCCGCAUGCGCAAGGAGGGCUGGAACAUCGGGGUAGUGAGCAGCGCGAAGACCAAGGCGGGUCACAGUGCUGGAGUUUUGAUAGCGACGCCACGAAGCAGGGGUAUGGACUUCGUGCGCAAUGGGAUUAACCAGUGGGACAUCAGCCCGCGAGAGUCCACGGGGCGACUCGCCGUGGCCUGGGUCGACGCCUACAGCAAGGAGGGGCUCGUGCUAGGUACCGCGUACCUGUGGAACAGCGAGGGCCUCACGCAGAGGAACCAGCGCAUCCUGGCCAA